AAACAAAGCUUAUGUGUCUGUUUCUUUACCUAUUUAUUAGGUGUAAGGUUACAUGACUUGUAGGGAGUGGAUUCCUCCUUGUGCAAACUGACAAGACAGAACAUGUGAAGUCUGUGUGUGUGAUGACGUAGCAGCCGCUGAAUCUGGUUUGGCAGGAUUUCUGAGGGAAGGGCGAGAGAGCAGAGACAGACACAGAGAGAAAAAGAAGCAAAACAGUUGAAACUGGUCUUUCCUUCACUGUAUUUUCUUUACUGUUGUGAGUUAAUCUUCUCCUGCUGGUGAGGACAUACUGGGUUUUGGUCUUCGAGCCGGGUUUCAGAACUAGGGUGCACUUGUUUCUGUCACCCAGACCAGUGCAGCAGCAGGCAUGAACUGGUCGGGGCUCGAGAGUCUGUUGAGUGGAGUCAAUAAAUACUCCACUGCGUUCGGCAGGAUCUGGCUGUCCAUGGUGUUUGUCUUCCGUGUCCUGGUGUUUGUGGUGGCAGCGCAGAGGGUUUGGGGUGACGAGAGCAAAGACUUUGUGUGUAAUACACGACAGCCUGGCUGUACCAACGUCUGCUAUGACCACAUCUUCCCCAUCUCCCACAUCCGUCUGUGGGCGCUACAGCUCAUUUUUGUCACUUGUCCGUCUCUGAUGGUCAUGGCUCAUGUUAAAUACCGCGAAACAAAGGAUGCCAAAUAUGUGGUGCAGCACCAAGGCUCUCACCUGUACGCCAACCCUGGCAAAAAGAGAGGGGGGCUGUGGUGGACCUACCUGCUGAGUUUGGUUUUCAAAGCUGGAUUCGACACAUCGUUUCUUUACAUUCUCUACAGGAUAUACCAUGGAUAUGACCUGCCCAGGUUAUCCAAGUGUUCACUGGAACCCUGCCCCAACACUGUUGAUUGUUUCAUUAGUCGUCCAACAGAGAAAAAGAUUUUCAUGUUGUUCAUGGUUAUAUCGAGUGCACUAUGCAUCUUCAUGUGCAUUUGUGAGAUGAUUUAUCUCAUUGGCAAGCGCAUCUCCAAGGCGUUAAGGACCCGCCAUGAAAAUGAGAGACUCUUGUUUGCUGAGCAGCAUGAGCUGACCAACAUGGCCCCACCCAGGUCCCAGUAUCGUAAGACUGAUCCAACACUGACUGACAGCCAGAGGAAUUUAACCAAGAGAGAGAAGGUCAAAGAAGAUAGUAUAACUACGACACUAUAGGACUCAGACAUCACUAAACAUCAGUUUGUUUCCUAUGGGUGGCAACACAACAGGUUACCUAAUAAAAGCGUCAAACUAAAGACUAAAAAAAAGGGACAUACCUGUAUAUGGAUGUCCAAUGAUCCGGGUGGACAUGGAACAUUCGAGGCUCUCCAGCACUGGUAAAAGAAGAGGACUACUAUGGUAUUUCUGUGGAAGGAGAAAGGAGAAACAUCCAGGAGCUGGAUCUUAUAGCACAAAUGGAAUAUCAUGUAUGUAAAGACACUGUUAGUCGCUUCAAUGUCAUUUUAGUUUAGUGUGAGUAUUGUAAAUUACUGUACUAUAUUCAGCGCUGUUUAUAGCUUUAUUAACUGUAUGACUGAGUGCUCUGUGCAUUCAUAUUUCUUCUAUUAAAGGGACCACAGUGCUAUUUUGGAACUUGAUGAGCUGAUCUCCCACAUGAAAUGGUGAGUUAUCCAUCAGGGUUUAACCUGAGCCAUCCAGUGGAUCAGAGAGGCUCGUAUCCGCUCUAUCUGACAACCAGCCAAUUCCUGAGCAUACCC